GCGACCCGGACCAACCACAGCAACAGUUCUUAUGUUCUUAGAUAAAUGAACUGCUUCGACUGGUUACGUUUGCACACAAGAGAUUGUUACUUAGCAGUCCACUCCUACAGCACGCUUACUCCCUCAGCAGAACCAGAAAUGCUCAAUGCGAAAUAAAUGAGCUGUUGUACUUCUGAGAAAAAGGAAACUACAUUUUUGAUGGGAAAAACCGGAGAUCACCCAAUACAACCGAUUGUAUUUUAGAACAUGCCAGGAUCGUUGAAAAUGGAAUACUCGAACGAGUCUAUUAGAUAUUCUAAAGAGAGACGACUACCGAGUUGCAAGUUUUUAGAGCUACAUGUUCUAUUUGUGCCUGAUGAACAGUGGAACCUAAAACUCAAUAAAGUGCCAGUUGAAGCCACAGAGAGCUUCAUAUCUGCCGGAUUUAUUAGGGUCUACCCUGAUAUAACUCUCAGAGCUCUUAGGAGUGAGCUUGGCAAUCUGCUUGGAGCAGAAAGAGAUAUUCACAGGUUUUCAUUUCUAAAAUGCGUGGGCCGUAACUUGGCACUGGUCAAAGCCAAACAAGAAAGAGAUCUCAAAGUGAAGUCGUUUGCCCCUCCAUACGCCCCUCAGCCAGAGCUGUACCUGUUGCCCAUUGUGGAGAGUGAAGACAGUGUCUGCUCACAGUCCCUCUCCCUGGACAGCUACAGCACCUCCACAGCCCCCCAGACCUACCGCUCAGCCAGGGGGCAAGGCAUGCCAACCGGGACAAAAGAGCAAGUUAAAUUACCUCAGAUUCCCAAGGGCCCUCAGCUACCCCCUUCUUCCUCCACCAGCCCUAAUGAGGAGGAGUCACGGCCGGAGGAGGAGGAGAAAGAGGCGCCUGAGGAAGAGAGUUAUAGCUCCACAGAGGAGAAUGAGGAAGAGCUUCUGUCCUGUCAAAACCCUAAGUGGGCUAAGGAUGAGCGCCUCCGGAGGGAGUCCUACAUGGAGGAGACACACGUGCCUGUCACACAGGCUAAAAAAUCAGUCAUAUUGGAGGCAGCACCAGCUAAAAGUGAAACAUCUGUAAAGCAAAAACAGCAUUUUAAGAGGCACAGAGCCAGGGAUUCAGGGCUUCCAGAGUCCCUUGAAGAACAGGACCCUGUGUUUCCUCCCUCCCAAGACAGGUUCAGGAAAUCUAAAGAUGUGCAAACACUGAAAUGUAUCAGGAAUGAACCAAACAAUGAGGUCCCUGAAAACCCAGUUCUGUUGUCCACGCUUACACCAGCCCAGUACCAUUUUCCACCCUGUUCCCCAACCCAGUCCAAACGUACAACUGCUGCACCGACCUUCCUGACAAGCAGAGAUGAACUGAUGGAGGAAAUUAAGAUGGCCAAAGAGGAGCGAAAGCUACUGGAACAGUCAAGGCAAGAGUUGCUAAGAAAAGGCAAGGAUUUGCUGGCACAGAACAGGCGUCGUCGAAAUCAAGCUCGUGACAGUUGGAAGAAGCAAUACUUUGAUACCAAGAAGGCCACAGCACCUUUGGAGGUCACACUGAGAAGUCUUCGACAAGAGCUGGAGAAAUUCUACAAUAAACUUCUACAUCAGCUACAGGCGAGGGAUGCAAAAGGCAAGACUAGAAGACCUGGAAGAAUGUCCAGCACCAAGAAUGAGCUCAUUAUCCAAAUAUUGACAGAGAGCCAUGAGAUUGACAACCUAAAGAGGAAGAUAGACGAUGACAAGAUGAAGCUUAUCAUGGAGACAAAGCUCAGGAAGCAGGCUGCCACCGAGCUCAGAGCCCUGAAGGCUGAGCUAGCUCAGAAGAAGACCCAGAUGUUUCUCUCUGGACCCAUGGGCUUGGGCGGAGGAGUAAAGGAUGGGACCUAAACUCAGAGCAUACCUACCUGUGUCAU